AUGGCCAGAUUCGGUUUGAUUGCGCUGGCCUCAUGGCUCGGCCUAGCUGCGGCCAAGGAUGUCUACCUCGAUUGGAACGUUACCUGGGUCAAUGCCUCCCCGGAUGGUUAUGAGCGUCCUGUCAUUGGUAUCAACGGCGAAUGGCCUUGUCCCCAGAUCGAUGUCGACGUGGGUGACCGCCUCAUCGUCGAUGUAUACAACGGACUUGGAAAUGAGUCCACCGGUAUCCAUUGGCACGGGUUCCACCAGUAUGCUACUGGUGUGAUGGAUGGAGCCAGUGGAGUGACUCAAUGUCCUAUUGCCCCAGGCUCACACAUGCAAUAUCACUUCCAGAUCAACCAAACUGGAACUUACUGGUAUCACUCGCACAAUAUGGCUCAGUACCCCGAUGGAUUCCGUGGUCCCCUGAUUGUGCACGACCCUAAAGCGCCUUUCCACUAUGAUGACGAGUUCACAAUCACCCUGAGCGACUGGUACCACCAGGAGAUGCCUGAGCUCCUCAAUAGCUAUGAGUCCGAGUCCAACAUGCAAGCCUUCCAAGGCCGGGAGCCUGUCCCCGACUCUGCCUUGAUCAAUGACUCGUUCAACAACACCAAGAUCAAGGUCCUACCCAACAAGACUUACCUGGUGCACAUCGUCUCUCUUGGAAACUGGCCCGGCCACACCUGGGUGUUGGAUGGCCAUGAGAUGACCGUUGUCGAAGUGGACGGUAUCUAUGUCGACCCCUACCCUGCUGGAGAGAAGUUCCUGCGGGUUGCUAAUGGACAGCGCAUGAGUGUCCUGAUCAAGACCAAGCCAGACACCAGCAAGAACUUCGCCAUCUGGGAUACCAUGGAUGUGAACAUGAUGUUCGUUUUUGAAGGCCGUCCCAUUCCCCCUGGAUACAACCCCAACGCCACCGCCUGGUUGGUCUACGAUGAGGCCAAGCCUCUGCCUGCUCCCCCAGUCUUCGGCACCGACUUCCACUUCGUCGACGAUCUCGACUUCGUGCCCGCAGACCACGAACCUCUGCUUGAGCCGGUGAACAAACAGAUUAUCCUCAACACUGGCAGCCGGGAGAUCAACGGUGUCCAGCGUUUCACAGUGAACGGCCAGACCUACAUGCCUCCCAAGGUCCCAACCCUGUACACAGCGAACACCAUCGGUCCCAAACUCGCCUCCAACCCCGCUGUCUACGGCCAAGUCAAUCCCUUCGUGGUGAAGUACGGCGAUAUCGUAGAAAUUGUCAUCAACAAUCACCACAACAACCUGCACCCGUGGCAUUUGCAUGGCCACCAAUUCCAAGUCUUGCAGCGCACAGACAUCAAUGGCGGCCCCUACAGAGGUCUGUUCUCCAACGUCUCCAGGACCCCCGUCAAGCGUGACACAAUCAUGGUCCAAAACAACGGCCACGCCGUCCUGCGUUUCCGCGCUGACAACCCCGGUGUCUGGCUUCUCCAUUGCCACAUCGAGUGGCACGUUGAGGCCGGUCUAAUGGCUACUAUCAUCGAGGCUCCCGAGACUUUCCCCCAGUCCGAGAAUGCUCCUCCCAAGAGCCACUAUGAGGUCUGCGCUGCCUAUCCCGCUCCUAUCAGUGGCAAUGCUGCUGGUAAUAAUGGAACCGAUCUCAGUGGCCUCGACAAUACGGUCACGCCUGGGAGCGACGGUGCUCUGUAUCAUGGCAAUGCGAAGGCUGCACCCCCUCCCAAGCCCACCACUACCAAGGCUCCUCCUCCUCAGGCCCCUGCUCCCAAGCCCACCUCGACCAAGGCUCCUCCUCCUCAGGCCCCCGCGCCAAAGCCCACCACUACCAAGGCUCCUUCUCCUCAGGCCCCCGCGCCCAAGCCAACCCAUACCCGUCCCCCGACUCCCCAGGCUCCUGCGCCUAAGCCCGCUCCUCCAGUGCCUCAAUCACCCGCACCCCAGGAACCCGUCCCAGUGGCGCCAGCUCCUGACCCUCAGUACUACCCAGAGGAGGACUAUUACCCCGAUUCCGACGACGAGCCGCUGCAGGUUCACUCCGAGGAGCACAAUGGACCCUGGCCACUACCGCACACAGACCACGGCCACGUCCAAGACGGCCAUACCCACUCCCACUACCCCGGCGAGCCGGUCAUUGCCGAUUCGCAGGAUACCAAGGGUCCCUGGCCAAAUGCCCACAACGACAAAUCCCAUGCGCAAAUCGGCGACCCGAACGACCUCUCGACUGACCCCAUCGUCGCUCACAACGAGGACACGAAGGGCCACUGGCCUCACCCGUACAACAACGACGGAUACGUCAGUCACGGGGGACAUACCAUUCACACGCAUGAUUCUGGGCCUGAUGAUCUCCCCGCUGGAUUCAAGGACUGGGAGCAGUAUGAGCAUAUUCAAUAA